AUGGAACAACGGCUGUACCUUUUGGAUCCGUCUGCCUCACGGGUAAAGAAUCAGCAUCUCGAUGUGCAUAAACGCAGACAUGUUGCUAAUACGGUCCCAGAACCAUCCCCUACACCGUCCGACUCUGCUAAUGGUAAUAACGCAACUGCAACAGCCAACGUAACACUCCCCGCCCGUCACGACUUCUUCUCUCGUCCAAGACUCACGAUAUCCCGCUUUCCAACUUUUCAAGAUACCCCUAAUAUCAUCUACCACACCACCGAACAGCUCGCGAUGAACAGACUCGGAUUCCGCUACGUUCCUGCGGGCGUAGCACCACUCGGUUCUGCUCUGCCAUGUCGCACGAUCGAAAGUGGCCCGGCGAAAUUCCGUGUCAGCUGGGAAGAUCGCAGCGCUUUCAUUAAGGUUACCCCGGACGGAUUAGGUUUGUUGGGCGAACGGGGCUUUCGCAGCGCGCGAUGCAAUGCCCCUAUAAGAGAGGGUGCCUGGUAUAUGGAGGUACGUAUUGAGUGCGGUGGCGGAGAGCGUCCUCCAGAUGCACCAGACGUCAACAUGCGCGAGGGAAGUCAUGUCCGUCUUGGCUGGGCACGCAGAGAAGCACCAUUGAACGGACCUGCGGGCUUGGACGGAUAUUCUUAUGGAUACCGGGACAAAACCGGCGACAAGGUUCAUUUAUCAAGGCCACGCACAUAUGGGCAUAGCUUUCGGAGCGGCGAUGUUAUUGGGAUGUACAUAUUUCUUCCCCCGCGACGCAAACCCGAUCCUGCCGAUCCUCACGACCCUGCGCAUCUGAAGCGAGAGCGCAUACCUAUCGAGUUCAAAGGACAGGAGUACUUUGAAAGUCUGGAGUACGCGCAGAGCAAAGAAAUGAUCGCUCUCAUGGAGUAUUCCAAUAAAGCCUCCUCUACAGCCUCCCUCCCGUCUGUCCCCUCCAAGAAAUCUGCAAAUGCAAAGAGUCUACCCGAACGCAAAGGUCCAGGCCCAGAAACACCUGUACUGCGUCCACUUCCACAGCUACGAGGCUCGCACAUAGCAUUCUUCGUUAACGGAGAAUGUCAAAAGGUCGCAUUUAGCGAUCUGUUUGACUACCUCCCAUUGCGCAGGACGGCCGCGUCGCGCAAAGACAAAGAAAGUUCGAAAAAACGUGCUCGGGAAGGUGCACCACGGGAGCACAAGGAGAAUCCAUAUGACGAUGGCACCCUCGGAUAUUAUCCGUUCAUAUCCCUAUUUAACUAUGCUCGCGUGAGGAUUAAUCCAGGUCCAGACUUUGAAUUCCCACCUCCCCCGGAUAUCGAAGCACUGCUCCGAAAAGAAGAUGAAGAUAUCAAACCCUCAUGUGACCGCACCUGGCAGGCCCAUCUGCAGAAGGCUGAAGCAGCCAAGCAAGCACAAAAAGAGCGUAGGAAGCGGCAGACGGAGGCGAAGAAGCGGGCAAAAGAAGCAGAGACACGUCAGGCUAGCGUCAGGGCUAUCUCCACAUCGCGGACAUCCACCGAACGGGAGCUUGUGGCCGACUUCGGCGACAAUUACAAACCUAUCGUCUCUUCCCUGCUUGCGGCCACGAUGCAGUUGCCCGAAGAUAUCGAGAUGGCCCAUUCCCCAGCGCCGACGACGACGCCCAGUAUUGAUUAUCGCGUCCAUGAUGCAGGAAGUGAAUACGAAUCGGAUCACGCGGAUGGUGAAGUGGAGGUUGGUGACGGAGAGGGUGAGCAGUACGGAAAUAUGGACGCGGAAAAUAGGUCGGACGGUGUUCCAUCGAUAGACCUUGAGUUGGAAGAAUUGCUGUGA